UUAAACACAGAGGGAGGGGGUUCGUUUCAUGGUUUGGCUGCGGUGUUUUUGUGUCGCUGUCAGUGAGUCUGCUGGUCUUAGACGGGAACGGGAACACAACGGGGGUUUCAUAUGUGAUGGUGUGACAGGAGGCAACUUUGGAACCAUGGCUCAAGUGUUGCAUAUGGACACCAGCUUCCCAGGGAAGAUGAACCCUUCAACUCCCGCUACUCUGCACGUGAAGGAUCCUGAAGUUCCCUACACAGUGGAAACCCCUUAUGGCUACCGGCUGGAUCUGGACUUCCUCAAAUAUGUUAAUGACAUUGAGAAGGGCAACACCAUAAAAAAGGUUCCUGUGCAGCGCCGGCCACGCUAUGGCUCCUUGCCCCGAGGUUAUGGCUAUACGGGUUCAUGGUGGACCUCCACUGAGUCACUAUGCUCCAAUGCCAGUGUGGACAGUCGCCACUCAUCCUACUCAUACUGUGCGCCAGGCUUCCACAGCUCUCAGCGGCCUGGCUUCAGUGCGGCGCGUGUGGAGAAGACCCUGCUGGACGCCCGCCGCAAGCUGGAGGAGGAGAAGGAUGGCCAGCGGUUCUCCAACCUGGCCAGCAUGCACGGCAGCGUAGCUGGAUCCAACACCUCGCUGUCCAGUGCACACGGCUUGACCCGCUCCCAAGGAGCUGGCGGCUCCUACACACCCGCCAGCUCAGGCCUGUCCACACCUGUGUCACCCACUCCAGCUCACUUGCAGCAUGUGCGUGAGCAGAUGGCCAUGGCACUGAGGAAGAUUCGUGACCUGGAGGAGCAGGUGAAGACCAUUCCUGUGUUGCAGGUCAAGAUCUCUGUGCUGCAGGAGGAGAAGAGGCAGCUCAGCGUGCAGCUCAAGAGUCAGAAGUUCCUUGGCCACACGCUGGGGUUUGGCCGCGGGCGUCCACGUGGGGAGCUCUACAUUGACAUCCCAGAGGAGGAGGUAGGGCCUGGUGCUGCCAAAGCAAUAGGGACUCUUUCGCCCACCACACCUGGUGGCUCCCGACAGGACUCUGGCUGUGAGAUUGAGGACACAGUGAUUGUGGGCGGUGCGCGGCCAGGCACCCGGAGGGAGGUGCGCACCAUUGGGGUGGGUCUGGAUGACCAGCUCACAGUGACCUGUCAUGUGGGUGUAGGGGUACGGGAAGAAGACCUGGGCAUGACCCCUGAGAUGGAAGCGCUGAAUACCAAAAUGGAGCAGCUGGAGAUGCAGCUGAAGACGGCCAUGCAGGAGCUGUGCAGUGCCCGAGAGCAGGUGGAGGCGGCACGGAAGGGACGGGAGGUGGGAGCUCCGCAGGCUGACCACGCUGUCCGGGCCACCAGCCUGGGCUGGCAGGAGCAGCCAGGCCAGGCUGGUGCCGGCCUCCACACUGUGGUCAGCUUCACGCAGCAAGGCCAGCAGCAGCAGCAAAGGACGGUGGGAAUCCAGGUGUACACUCUGGAGCAGACCACAGUUGUGGGGGUGGGCACCACAUUGAAGGCAAAGGACUGCAGCACUCCCGCCAGACCCCUCUCCGCCGCCCUCCUUGAAGCCCGGCCUCACAAGGGACAUGCCGAACCCCUGGCUACAGAAGACGCACCCAGAGAACUGCCCAUUGCAAUCAGCUCCAAGCAGGUACGAGAUGUCCUGAGAAGUGAAGUGUCCACAUCAGUACCAGUGACCAGCCCUGUUAUUGCCAAGGAGACAAAGUGCAAUCAAGUGACUCCUCUUUGCCAGAGGCUCAAGGAUGGUGAGGCACAACAGCAGCCAGCUUCAGAGUUCAUCCAAUAUCAUGAAGACACAGCCAAACCAGCAUCUCCUCAGUCCAGUCUGAGGUCGAUCAUGAAGCAGAAGACUGACAGAGAGCCACCUAAAAAGAAUCUGCAGUUUAUAGGAGUCAAUGGAGGGUAUGAGUCCACCUCCUCCUCGGAGACCAGUUCUGAGAGUUCAGAUGAUGAGAGUGACGCAAGUGAAUAUCAUGAGGCCACAGAGAAACUACCAGAAUCCCCUGUUCAACAGCUUCAGGCAGCCUCCACCAGCAGUCCUGCUGUCCCGGUGUCUGAAACUCCCAAAUCCAUAGAGACAGUGGCUAUCCCUGCACCUCUGCCUAGCACUGCCCUACUUUUAGCCAAUGAGGUUUCAGCUCUGCACACCUCUACUCAAUCACCAGCUUCAGACACAGCCUCCUGGCAACCGAUCAGCCAGUCACAAGCCUCAGAUACUAACAAUCUGCACUGUGCAAGCCAGUCAUCUACCACUGCCAUGGCUCCACAGGAGAGUGUCAACCAAUCGACAGAGACCGAGACCACUCACCAGCAUAACUCCCAAAGCAGUGCCACUUCCCCUGAACAGAGCUCCAUCCAAUCAUCAACCACCUGCUUUGUAUUAGAACAAACUCUUAACCAGCCAGAAACCACUGACUUCAAAACUCAGCAGAAUUUUAACCAGACAGAGGCAUCAGGCCUGGCCUUUCAGAAGCCUACUACUCCAUCACAUACCACUGGUGCUUCCCAGCCAGCUGCCAGCCAUUCACAAACCACUGACCUCACUCUACAGCAGAGGGCUGUCCAAUCAAAGGAGUCAGAUACUUCUAUCCAACAAGGCACAGACACAACACCAGCCAGCAGUCCACCUGAAAAUAGAGGCUACAACGUAGUAACUGAACAGAAAAGCAGUUUCAGAGGACAGCUGAGUGACUGCCUCAUGGCAGCUCUUCAUACUUUGCAGAUAGCACUCGGUGAACCAAAUGCCUUUAGCCAGCAGGAGGCGAGGACGGCCUACACCACCGUGCUGCAAGAAUGGCUGCGUGUCUCAUGCCACAAGUCAGCGGACAUGGAGGCGGUGCAAGCGUACAUGGAUGCCUUCACCUCCAUCUCCCCACAGCUGUUGGAGUUUGUGAUCAACAUGGCUGAUGGGAACGGCAACACAGCACUGCACUACACGGUCUCACACUCCAAUUUCCCUGUGGUUAAACUGCUGCUGGACACAGGUCUCUGUAACGCUGACAAACAGAACAAGGCGGGCUACACAGCCAUCAUGCUAACAGCUCUGGCUGCCUUCCACUCUGACAGUGACCUUCAGACUGUCCUGCAGCUGCUACGUACUGGGGACGUCAAUGCCAAAGCUAGUCAGGCAGGGCAGACAGCUCUGAUGCUGGCCGUCAGCCAUGGGCGUGGGGACAUGGUGAGGGCGCUGCUGUCGUGUGGAGCACAGGUCAACCUGCAGGAUGACGAUGGCUCCACUGCCCUCAUGUGUGCCUGUGAACAUGGCCACGUGGACAUUGUGCGCCAGCUGUUGUCCAUGCCAGGAUGCGAUGCAACCCUCACUGAUAAUGAUGGCAGUACUGCUCUCUCCAUUGCACUGGAAGCCAGUCAGAAUGACAUUGCUGUGCUCCUGUAUGCCCAUCUCAAUUUUGCCAAGCCACCUUCCCCUGUGUCCCCAAAGUCCCCUAUUCUGGGAUGCCCACCGUCUUCAACUGACAUGAAGUGAUGCCAGAAUUAAACACAUGGUCUGGUUCUUCCUUCUCCAGAGUUCUUCAUCCAUUCUACAGUGUGUAUGUGUAUGUGUGUGUGUGUGUGUGUGUGUGUGUGUGUGUGUGUGUGUGUGUGUGUGUGUGUGUGUGUGAGAAAAAGAGAGUUGUGAGUGCGGGUAUGUGUGUGCAUGUGCACAUGCACAGCAGACAUAUACACAGACUCAUACUUGCGUGUAACAUUUUCCCAAUGUGAGUAUAUGUGGGUGUUCUUGAAAUGUAUAUGCACACUCUUAUAAAGAAUUAGCACUUGAUUCCAUUAAUGUAUAUUAUCAGCAGUGUAGUAGCAAUAUGUUUUAUUUUCACUGUUGCUUUUAUGGUCCAAACUCAUAAUGUUUCCCAUGAUGCUUUGGGGGAAGGAGGCACUUGUUUUGUUGCUUUUAUCUGCUGGUUAGAUUAUCUGAUCCCACAUACAGUGGCAGGAAAUUACUUGUGUAAUCUGUCUAGUCAUGGAAUGUAGACACUUCCAUUCCUUUUUGGCUCUGAAUGGAGUAAUAGUGUUGUCAGUUGCCAUGUGCCCUUUUUAUGUUUAAAGACUAAAGUUAUCCCUUACCCAUAGUUUGUAAUAUUAAACCAUUUAAAUGUUUGUUCAUGGUGAUCUAGCCACUGACUUAGCACAAACAUGCAAACAAAAAAGCAUUUGAUUUUUACAAAGUGUCCUUUUAUUGUAGUAUGGCUUCUCUGAGAGUCCAACACAUAAGUCCAGCAUAUCAGGAUAUUCAGGAUGACCUUUUUCUAGAGCAUUUUUCACAUGAUUUCUCUAAAUCAAUAUCAGAUAACCCAUCACCUUUGAAUAACCAGUUCCAGAGGGAAGUUUACAUGUUCUCUUUCUACAGUUUUUAGGAACUCAUUAAUAGAUACUUUGACAAUACUAUUGUCAUCUUUUUACUUGUUUUAUACUUGAUUUUUGUGCAGUCUAACAGCAAUAUUACAUGCGAUCCACAUGGGUAGUUUUGACACCCUGGUGACAAGGUUGAAAUCAGAUGGCCCUUCCCUGGUUCUAGUGUAGUGUGCUGUAGUUUCAGUGUGUGAACUCUGAAAGCCUGGAUUUCCUUCAUGAAAUUACCUUUCAAAAUACAGGUUUUGCCUUUCAAAAUACAGGUUUUGCCUUUCAAAAUCGUGGUUGCAGCCUUUUAGAACAUCUAUGCCAGACUGUAGAAUGUGACUUGUUUUGAAAUCCUAAAAAAUCCAAAGACAGGUAAGCAGAUUGUUGGAUUAAAUUUUCUCAAGCCACUAUGAUAUUUGAGGGGUGUAUGUGUGUAUAUGUACAAAGAGCAGUUGUACAUUAAACCAGCAUCAUGAAGGUACUGAAUUUCCACAUGGAGAAGUGUGGACAACUUGUAUGAGGACAAGGUGUAGAAAUUAGACAGAUGUUUUCAGAAGCCUAGAUGGUCUACCCAGGGUUGUUCUAGCAAAGGUAGAUGCUAAAGUGGGCACUAUAGAUCAACGUGUUCCUCAAUGAGCUAUUGUUCUUAUGUGGGUGAAGAAAGUGGGGAAAAACGCUCAGAGCUAUCUAUGAAGAAUGUGUUGUAUGUUUUCUGAAAUAAGAAUAAUAUAUGUCAUCUCCAAAGGUUUUUAAAAAAUGAGACUAUUUUUAGCUUUUUAUCCACACAAAGUAUUCUUGCAAAUGUUGCAUAAUUUGCAUAAAUUGCAGAUAUUGUGUAAUUUGAUGGCUAACUAGGUUUUUAUCAUUUUUACCAUUUUACUUGGUUUUACACAUGCUUUCUUAUCACCCUUUUAGUAACUAGUUGGUUUUCUAAUAUUUUGUAUUUUAUUUAAUGCUCUAUGUAUAUCUUUAUAUUUGUAAUAUCUGUUCACAACUAUGUAUAUCUUUUGUCAUAUUAGCCUUAGUCUUAGUUUGUAGUAACCAUUAUUCUUAGGAAUAAUCUUAACUUGGUCUUUUUUUUUUUUUUUCUUGGUUUGGAGAAAUAAACUUAAACCUUAUAGAUCUUUGCGCUAAACUGUGUAUUUGUACUGUGUAUUUGUAUUUAUCGUCACUGUAAUAAAAAUCGUCCAUUUGUCA